UUGGAGACUUUCUUCGCUCUUCCCCCGAAAGAGAGAAAGUUUGUCCCACGGAACCCCCAAAGACUGCACAAUUUGUUAGAUCUUGAGAAUGUAUUCAGUAGUGGAUCUAAACAAGCAAAGGUUCCUUGUGAUGAAGAGGAAGAAAAUCCCAAAGAAGUGCAGGACACCACACUUCUGGUUCAUUUUUUUGGCCGCAGUGGCAAGGAUGUCCUGAAGUACCAGGACUUUCACAGGUUCAUGGAAAAUCUUCAAAGCGAAGUGAUAGAGCUGGAGUUUCUGGAGUUCUCCAAAGGGAUGAGCACCAUCUCUGAGGUGUCUUUUGCCAAGAUACUGCUCAGGUACACAAGCCUGGACAGAAGUGAUGUGGAGGAAUGCCUAGAGAGGGUUCGGAAGAAGAUGCCUAAUGAAAAGGGAAUCACAUUUGAUGAGUUCAAGAAGUUCUGCCAGUUCCUCAACAAUUUAGACGAUUUUGCUAUUGCCAUGAAAAUGUACACCUAUGCCCAGCAGCCGGUCUCACAGGAAGAGUUCCAGCGGGCCGUGCUAGUGUGUACAGGAUUCAGCCUGAGUUCGCACAUUGUCCAGACGCUCUUCAACAUCUUCGAUACAGACGGAGACGGGAAUCUCUCCCACAAGGAGUUCAUCUCCAUCAUGAAAGAUAGGCUUCACAGAGGAGCUCGAUCCCACCUGAUGCACAACCAGAAUGCGCUGGAUGCUUUCAAGACGUGUGUGAAGAAUGAAAUGCGCACAUUCUGA